GGAGCGAGCAUGGCUGAGCCCUCGGGGCCGAGAGGACCCGCAGCCUCCGGCCCGUUCCAAGCCUUCCCGUUCCCGGUGGGCGGCCCGGCACCGGAGGACGGUCCCGGGAAGGAGCCACCGCAGAGCGGGGAGCCGAAGAAGAAGCCGUGUCGGGCCUGCACGGACUUCAAAUCGUGGAUGAAGACCCAGAAGAGCCAGAGGCCAGCAGCUGCUCAGGGGGUCGGAGCCACCCAGGUCGAGCCACCAGAGGACCCACAGUGUCCACUGGACCGGGAGGAGCUGGGACGUAGCUCCUGGUCCUUCCUGCACACCAUGGCGGCGUAUUACCCCGAGCGGCCGUCCUCCUCGCAGCAGCAGGAGAUGGGACAGUUCAUCCACCUUUUCUCCAAGUUCUUCCCCUGUGAUGAAUGUGCAGAAGACCUCAGAGGAAGAUUAAAAACCAACAUCCCGGACACCACCAGUCGCCACGCCCUCUCUCAGUGGUUCUGUCGUCUCCACAACGGCGUCAACGUCCGGCUGGGGAAGCCCGAGUUCGACUGCUCCCGUGUGGACGAGCGCUGGAAAGACGGCUGGAAAGAUGGUUCCUGUGAUUGAAGGAUUGUGGAGGGAGCGACUGAGAGAUGUGAGGCAGAGACAAUAACGUCCUCCUGUCAGUGUGGGAACAAGCUCAGGUCUCAUGUGGGAACACUUCAUGAGAAGAGUGAGGUCAAGAUGCUCGUCGUGCUCUGUGGUUAGUUAUUAUAACUAUAAAUAUAACUUAAACUUUGGACCUGCUGUUAAUUCAAGUUAAUGAGAAGGGUUAAAAAUAAAUUCUACAUGUGAAACGGAAAAACAUGGAGGGACACGUGUUCUCAACCUUUUAUCUGUGUCCUCACUUUGUGGUUCUUCCGACUCAUGUUUGUGUUUUUGACCAAUUUACCUUCUGGAUUGUUGUUUUUUUUUCAGAUCGCAAAUUGAAUUCAUCAAUUACAGAUGUUGGUUUCUAGGCUGUUUGCUGUGGUUUGCAAUCUUGUUUGAUAAUCUAUGUAUUUGAUUGAUAAGAAAUAUCUCCUAUAAAAUUAAAAUACCAAAUAUGUCACAGAAAUAUAUAGAUUUAUAUUUUACAUUGUGAUGAUUACAGAUUGUAUAUUCUUGAACCAUGUUGUGUGUGUGUUUUAAUUAUGAUUUGGUGCUGAAAUAAUUUAAUUUUCAAAUUCAAUAUUAUGUUGGGUCAUUCAGAAAUACAGAUAUGUUGUUGGUCGCAUCUUCACAAAA